AUGUAUUCCUACUGUUGUUCUACUGCUAUCGAUUUCUUGCUCCUAUGUUACCACUCAUGGCAGACACUCUCUGCCCAACAACCAGCACACAUGGACGUCGGGCACCCACACAACAGGCGCCGCCCAGGUCAACAGAAUGCCGUGUUCUCGCGUCUUCAAAGUCUUUUUCCGACCUCGCCACACGCACACAUUAGCGCUCCGUCACCACGUUUUGGCGACGUGCUUGACGAGAAGAGUGUGCCGUCCCCCACGCCCCGAAUCUCCCCCGUGGACCCGAAAUUCAUGAAAAUACGGAUAGUAACAUGGAACAUGCAUGAGUCCCUCCCAAAGGGUGACCUUGAAGAACUGUUGGGCAAAGUACCCCUAUAUACCACUCCAUCGCAGUCCUCUUCUAUUCUUCAACUACCCAAUGACGGAAACCACCCUUAUCACUUGGUCGUAAUUGCCGGCCAGGAAUGCCCCACUCCGUCCGGUAUUCCCAUGGGACUUGGUGCCGGAUUCAAGAUUCUCGAUAAUAAAGACCGUGAAAAGUCAAGAGAAGGCGAGAAGGAACACGACAAGGGGAAGGACAAGACGAAGGACAAGGACCGAGUUGACGAAGCUCAAACCGAAGAGACCGCCCCUGAGAAUCCGACAGCUGGUUGGACAUCCAUGGUCGAGGAUUGGCUUUGCCAUGGUGGUGGUUAUACCAGUCGUACCAAUUCUCCAUCAACAACCGACGUCGGUCUUCCUCGACCAUUGAUGAGGCACAAAUCCACGAAAGAGUCCCGAAAAGGGCCCUACCAGUUGCUCAUCAAGGAGAGACUUAUGGGAAUUUAUCUCGCCAUAUAUGUUCAUCGAGAUGUCAAACCUUUCGUGCGAGGCAUGUCGAAGAGUGCAGUCACAGCAGGCCUCAUAGGCGGCAGACUCGGAAAUAAAGGAGGUGUCGGAAUCAGCUUGAAUAUCGAAGGCACGACGUACUUGUUCCUCAACGCCCAUCUCGCAGCCCACGGCGGACGCAUGAACCACCGUCUAGCGAACCUCUCAAAAAUAAAGGCUGAGCUGGAUGUGGACCACUAUUUGCAGGAAGACGAUCCCCGUAUGGCUGCUGAAGAUCUGACGGACCAGUUCGACUUCACGUUCUUGUUUGGAGACCUGAAUUUCAGACUCGAUAUCUCUCGUCUACACGCAGACUGGUUAAUUUCAAGACGAGAGUACAGACAAGCGUUCGAAUUCGAUCAACUAAACGCCAUCAUGAAAACAGGGUCUUUCUUCGAUGGAUUCAAUGAAGCGCCUAUCGAUUUCCCACCCACUUUCAAAUAUGACGUUCUUCGCACUCUGAAACGUCCGAAACGAUCAAGUUCGAAGCUGUCUCGGGCAGGGGACAGCUCAACCAAACUUGCUGAGGUUGAAGAACGAGGGUUUGAGGAAAAUGACGACGAAGGCGAUGAAGACGAAGGCGCCUCCCUCAUGUCUUCUGCAAUGACGUCUCUCAAUUCGAAACCAGCCACAGAGCCUGGGAAUGACGAAGACGCAUACUUCCACGCUUCGCCUUCGACGCCGACGGCUAUGGCAUCGACGAGCAAGGUCUCCCUGGCCCCCACUGGAGCGAGUAAGGCCAAGGUCAAAUGGUUGUCUAUUUUGUCCCCCUCUUUUUCGCCGAAACUCAAGACGAAGCAUGGAGAACCCUGGGGUGCGCCUGGGACGCCAGUUACCCCAAAUCAGCUCAUACCUCCCUCCCCUUUGAGUGCCCACCCUCCGAUCAGUGCAUCUGACUCCAGCAAGAGGCGCUUUCUACGUCCGCCUCCUAUGAUAUUGGUAAGCUCAAAUUCAAGCGGAGGCCAGGAAACCUUAGCAGAAGAGGAGGUUGUAGAGGAGAAGGGUGUGUAUGAUUCCUCUCACAAGAAGCGUGUUCCUAGCUGGUGUGAUCGCAUACUCUGGAAAACCACUAUAUUCCCAGAAUCUGUCUACGAGGAGUUGGAAAGCUACGAGCUACAUCAUAGACCACGUCCCAAGGUCGUCCAAUUUUUGGCGAACGCUUUCAAGCCGUCAUCACCCCGGGCCCGAGAUACCCCUCAAAUCUCAACAGUACUGUCUAGUCAAUCUACAGAGACUACACCCUCCACCGUCAACGGCCCCUCACCUCCUCUUCCUCACAACAUAUCGAUUCUCGAAUCGGACGACGAGCCAACACCGCCUUUUCACCACCUCCUACAGCCCCGCUUCCAUUCGAAGGGCCUCCUCGACGCUCUACAGGUCCUGAGAGUCCUCUGUCUGCAGAACGUCCGCAAUCAGCCGCCCAAUCGAUAUGGCGAUCGUUUAUUCCUGCAUUCCUUUCGCCAACCCACAAUCAAGGAAGCGUUCCACCGCCAGAACCUCCAGAACCUCCAGCAGUUCCGCUGCAUCAGAAAGGCGAUGUUGUCUGUCUUAGCUAUAAUACUCUGGAUGAUCGGGGGAUGCGCAGGCUGGAAGGAAGGAGUGACCAUCGACCUGUGA